GUAUAAGUUUUGUUCAACGAUAGUUUUAGAGUUUUGUAUAUAAAAAUGAUCAGGAUGACGAGAGAAGGUGAAAUCCAGGUGACUGUCUGUCUGUAUAUCCGUUCGUCCUCGGAAGCUGUAACUUCAGCAAAAAUGGAGAUAUCCUAAUGAAAUUUGAUACACAGGUUUCUUAGUACAAAAAAUAAAGUUCGAGUUCCUUAGAUAAGCGUAAUCGGACUACUGCCACACCCACAAAACGCCAUUAACCGAAAACCCAAAAAGUGCCAUAACUAAAUACUAAAUUAAGAUAUAAAGCUGUAUUUUGGCACAGAGGACGCAGUUGUAAGUGCCGUCUGUGUGAAAAAAUUUCUGAAAAAGUGAGCGUGGCCCGCUUUCUAAUAUGUAAGUUUAAUGUACAUAUCCCGAAAACACCUGAAACUACAACAAUCAAAUUUACCUAGCACAAAUAUUAUAAGAACUCCUAUCGAGAGUGUGAAAGUAGAUGAAAUCGGAUGAUAACCUCGCUCACUCCCCAUAUAACGGUACUGAUCAAAACCACUAAAAGCUCAAUAAAUUAAUACGAGUAACUAAAUACGCCAGAGACAUUAAAUUUUACCAUCGAGAUGGCAUGAGAAGAUAAAAACCACGCCUACUUCCUAUAUAGCACAAUUUUCAAUUCCACUUAAUUCGUUCAGUUUCCAGUAUGCAAAUCAAAAUGCAAUUAAUAUAACAAGAUAAAACUUUGCACAAAUAAUGACUUUAGUGUGUGCCAUCUUAUGACCAAAUAUUAAUCAAAUACAACGAAAAUCGGUCAAGCCCCAAGAUACAGAAUACAGAAGAUGUAGGUCAAUGUGUGAUAUACAUAUAUGUAACUAAAAUUAAGGGAUAAUUCUUUUCUUAUAAUGGUAUGUCCAAAAUAGGUUGGAUCGGACCAAUACUUCCCUUAGCCCCUAUAUACUUAAUAUAAAAAUUUUCGAAAAUCGGAGUGACUUUGUAACGCAAAUAUAGGCCAAUAUGUGAGUUAUCCCAAUUAAAAUAAGAGAGCGUGUUUUAUUCAUAACAGUGUAUCUUUGUGCCUAAAAUAGAUAAAUUUGAGUGAAAACUUGACCUAGUCUCUAUAUAACUAAUAUCAGGAUUUUCGAACAUCCGGCUGAUUUUAGUCGAUAUGAUUCAAGUAAGUUGCAAGAGUAUAAAAUGUUCGGUUGCACCCAACCUUUUUUCUUGUUUUUGUUUUGUUCAGCUCGUCGGCUUACAAAUUUAAAUCACUUUUCCAUUUUGAGGAGUUUCCAUGGACACUUUCGAUCUAUUUAGUCGAUAAAUAAUUCGUUCUCUUUCAGCGCUGUUCUUCAGCUCAGUUUUGAAUUGGCUUAUUAAUUAAAUAAAAAACAAACAAUUUAAAAAGGCUUAAAGAUGGAGGUUAUGGAAGAAGGAAAUUUAAUGGACAGGGUCCCAGUAUUGUUGCAGCGAGAUCUACAGUUUUACCAGACACAUCAAAGAGUUCUGCAGGAGCGCAUUUGCCUUGGUGUGGUAGGAGGUAAAUUAGAUUUUCCACGUUACGCCUCCUUUGCCGCGAUUAAAAUUGUUCUAUGGUGGGAAGAUGAAUAUUAUGCUUCCUAUCAAAAGCAUUCUGGAUUAUUGCAUGCAGAAUGGGAUCUGUUGUCACAUGAUCCGACAGCUGUUAUUGUGAAAACAUCAGAUCCGGAAAAAUUCGUAAAUCUCGUAACGCGGUCGGCUGAUAUGCUUUUGGAGCAUCUACAUAUACUAUCGCAGGAGUCCUUAGAUCAUGCCGACCUAUCUGUGCUGACUGCAACAAUUGGUGCGGCGGCGCUCAUAAAAAAUUGUUUAAAUAUUUACAUGCAAGCAGCUAAUGUAAAAGUCUAUCGCCCAAAGGGCAAUGAAAAGGGCGGCGCAUUAAGAUUGUCCUACAAGCAAUACUUACAAAUGGCUGAAGCGCUAGCGGAAAGGCUAUUAGAUUUACAUUGCAGACUGCUGUUGUUGUACAUCAUACAAGAUGCAGAUUGUCUGAAUUGGGAAAAUAGUCAACCGUUUUUUGAAUCAGAGCGCGGUUCGUACACCAUACAAAUGUGGUGGCACUACAUUCAGGGCAUUAAGGACGACCUGUGGAAUUCAGUACCACCAAAAAUGGCCCAACGUAUUUUUGCGGGUAUUUUAAAUGAAACUCUGGGUGUUCUUACAGCACGUUAUUCAUUAAUUUUAACUAGUGUCGAAAGAGCUCAGUUACACUUGGCAGAUAUCUCUAAUAUGUUGUUUUGCGUGGCAGAAUUGUUGCCUUUCAUCUGUGAAAGUGGUGAAGCCUAUAUAGGUCUACAGCUUCCUACUCAAAAUGCUAUAAUCCGCGAUGUACACGCUAAGUGUCGAGAGUUGUUUUACUGCCUUUUGUUACGUGGUGCGCCGUUAGGAGUGUUGUCAAAGCUUUGUCGUAAGAAUAUUGAAAACAUGGAAAUGUUUUCAUCCAGACAAGGAUUACCAUGUGCUUGGAUCUUAUUUGCAUCACCACGUCUGUUUUCUACGGAUAAGACUUUUCAGUGGGUAACUGAGUUCGGUGAUCUCAGCGCGAGAAUUGCAAUAUCGUUGGAAUUGAAGGUACUUUUGGCGUUUCCCGAAGCGGAUUGGGCCUACUUAUUGAAGGUGCUUUUAAUGCGCAACGCACAGGUGACCGGUAUAAUUCUUCGUCAUAUUUUCUCACAUUUGCCAUCACCGGAGAAUUUCAAUAACGAGAACAGCUCAUUUCUCAGCGACGUUGGUGAACAGAAAAAAUGCGAGGCAUUUCUAUGUCGGGGUGAAUGUUUAGAUUUGUCGGAUCAAAUUAGAAAUCAAGCAGACCCUGUCGGCCAGUCUAACUACCAAAUAGUUUUAUCCCUAACUUAUCUGCUGGUGGCGGUAGGAAAAGCUGUCGAUAUUAAAUCGUGCCUCAUUAAAACCCUAGAAGAGAGUUCUGCUGGUUGGAGUGACUGUCUUGACAAGCGCCAGGUUUGGAAUCAAAAGCGACCACCUUGGCUGGAAGCAAUCAUGCAUUUUGUAUAUCCGCUUCUGAAUUGUGUUGUUGACAUGUUAGUUAAUGCUGUCGAAGCGGGAGCUAGUAUGUACCAGGCAAUGUCAUUAGCUUUAACAUGUGUUUCCGAGAUGUGGGAUUGUAUACCAGAGAGCCUUUACAAAGUAACAAUUUUAUUGCAAGACAUCAUACCAGUUUCAACUCGUCCUCUUGGCGAUUCGGUACUCAUGCAAGUAGUUUUUGCAGCUUUAUACACAGACCUUAUUCGAAAAGCUAAAUUUUAUGAAAAGGAAAACAAAAUGGAGAAGGCAUCAACCUGCUAUUCCAUUUCCGAAGCUAUAUGCUGUAUAGACGAAGACGACAAACACACCGAUCAAAUCGAUUUAUUCUUAAAGCAAGCACGAGACUCCAUAGCUGUCGAAACAAAUUCUCAUUUUGAAUCUAACGGUGGAGCCCGCAGUUGGGUGAGCACAUUAAGUACGGUGAAGAUUGAUGAUUUAAAUAACACAAACACCGAACGAUUAACACAAAGUCCACCGAUAAAUUAUGCCUCCGAGCUAGAUGUGGGAAUAGCAGAUUAUAUAGCAGACAUAUUGGUUAGUGAUGUACUUACAAGUAAUAUUGGAAGGCAAGCUUUAAAGACAAGUUAUAGAUAUUUGAAGAAUAAUGCAGAUUGGUUAGAGGAACAAUUGGGUUCAGGUGUUCCUGUUAGUGGGCCAAAUCCGGGACAAAGGAUCAAUGAACCAAAGGAUUCGAUAUUGUCAACAAUGUUUUUUGUUGGAAGUCAUACGUUUGACCAGCUGCUCAGCGGUGUCCUAAACAUCGACUACAUUACUUGGCUUCAAACACCUCUUUCUUUGAAUGCUGAACGAGCAUGGUUGCAUUUGUCUCGUCGUUGCGAUUUCCAGGAAGACUCGAAGCUUAGAAUGCCCGAGGUGACAAUGGUCGCUGGUAUUACGCAAGUCAUGAAAAAAAUGAAAUACCCAAAGAAAUUUUAAGCAUAUUUCUAGUUGACACACAUACUUAAAAUACACAUACAUACACACAUAUGUACCAUACAUUGCUAGUUUGUUAGCGUAAAAAUCUGUGUUUGCAGCAGUAGUCCAAUAAAUAAAAGUGAAGCCAGUAGACAGUAAUUGGUUUGGUAUUGAAGUAAUUAAGCUGGAAUAAGUAUACGACUGCUUUAAUUGAUUUAGUUUAUAAAUUAGAUAAAACUUAAUUUAAACAAAAACUAUUCAAAUGUCAUAAUUCUAUGCAUACAUAUGUAUGUCGAUCUGAAAAUAAAAAAAAUGAGAAAAAAAAUUUAGGGAAAAGGUAAUCCUACUAAGCUUUUGAUGUUCUACUGCAAAUGAGCAGAGCUAAUGUAUUUUUUGCUAAUUAUAUUGAAACAAAAAACCACAUUUACAAGUAAUUCUACAAAUCAAAACAACAUGUUCAAUAAUAUGCUAACGAAAGCAUUUUCAGGCACUUGCGUAUUGCUAUAGUAAUUUUCUGAUUUUUGCUUACCGUUAUUUAUGGCAGUUUUUGCAAAGUGCAUAUAACCCAUAUUUCUUUAUGGGCGUAAAAUAAUCUAUAUGUUUUGCUGAUGCCAAAAAAAUU